UCCGUCGUUUUUUUUUUUCUCUCAUCGGUAGAAGCUGUACCUCUUGAUCAGCUAGCUAGUGCAUUUAGCCAGCGAGCCCGCGGCAUCGUUUCAGGUUAAACCGCCCUCUCUGGAGUCGUUUGGCGGCUGUUGUCUCGUUGGAAGCUCUCCCCGUGCCUGUGGUGGUCUGAUGCACGGUCUCUGCAGGCUGGCAGCCGGGCGAGUGAAGGCGGUGUCUCCGUCCUAAACCUUCGCUAGAAAUGAAAAGCCAACAGAAAAGCCCGGAACCAGACGGGACCGUCUCCGUCAGCGAGGAAGGGUCUGUGGCCACAGCAGAAGAUCCAGCAGCUAUCACCACCAUCCAGUCUGCUGCAACCUUCACUGACCAACCCAUCAAGUAUCUGUUUAAAGCAGAAGGAGCUGGUGGACAGGUGACCUACCGAGUGAUCCAGGUCUCGGAUGGCCAGCUGGAGGCUCAGACAGAUGGAGCUGCAGCAGUCAGUCUUGUCACUGGGUUCCCUGCAACAACACAGAGCGUCACACAGGCUGUGAUUUCCCAGUCAGAGGGAUUGGAGGGGGAUGGCAGCACGGAGACACAGUAUGCCUAUUACCCUGCCUCCAUCGCAGAUGCCACUGCUGGCACCAUGGUAACCACAGUGCAGGCACCAGAAACGCUGCUGGGACAGUCCACCCCCACAGGUCAGCUUUAUGUGAUGAUGUCCCCCCAAGAGGUUUUGACAGGAGCCAAUCAGAGGACCAUUGCACCUCGUACUCAGCCAUACAUUGCAAAGCAGGAGGCUCCUCGAGCUUCCAGGGAUGAGAAACGACGAGCCCAGCACAACGAAGUUGAGCGCAGACGUAGGGACAAGAUUAACAACUGGAUCGUGCAACUCUCAAAGACCAUUCCAGAGUGUAACAUCGACUACACGAAGACGGGGCAGAGUAAAGGAGGCAUCUUAUCAAAAGCUUGUGAUUACAUAAAGGAAAUGCGACAAAGUAACAUGAAGCUGGGGGAAGAGCUCAGCAUUCGGGACCGUCUGCGAGUCGACAACCAGCUACUCAGACAGGAGGUGGAAGACUGGAAAUCCAAGAAUCAAAUCCUGAGAAACCUUUUGCGGCAGCACGGCAUUGUGGGGUCAUCCAGCACAGAACUUCAGUGAGGAUCCUGCUCCUGGUCCUCCAGCGGAGCGUUACUUUGGGCCAAAAGAGUACUUAUUACCAAGCAUACACAAGAUAAAGUCUACUAAUGUCAUGAAUAUUCAGAUACAACUUUUAACUUUGGUUUAGGAUUGCUUUUGGAGCAUUUCACAGCGUAUAAGUCUUUAAACUUGUAGUUUUAACAGCAGAUUUCCAACAUGUUAGGCUUUAAGAAAAAGAGACAAAGUUUUUACUGAGUUGUUUAAAUCCUCACUAAAGGCCUUUUCCCAGACUGUUCAGCAGUCUUCAGUACAGUAAAGGCUAAACCUGAGAAGUUCAGUCUUCUGUUUGGCUUGAACUCUCCUGUACUGUUCUUAUCAAAUGCACUCAUGCAGGCCUUUUUAAAGUGCCAUGUAUUCAUGUCUUUUAUCAUCGCCAGUUUGUUCGUUUAGGUCCCAGUUCAUUCAGAUCAGAGAUUUAAUCUUUGGUUUUAUGAGUCAUCACCAGGGACACUAAUCACAUCGCAGCUAAGGAAGGUACACUUUGCAUUGUAGGAAGUACUAAACAUGUCUUUAUAAUAAAAUACGACAAAGAUG